AUGGGGUGGUACCGUAGUUUGCACCUGAAAAGGCUCACCACAAAAAAUUGUCAUGUUGCGUCUCAUGUUGCAAGCAACUCUAUGAUUGCAGUACAGUAUUGUUGCGGCAAUUCCUCCGCGAGAUACCGAGCGACCUGUGCCAACGAGAAUCCACUCGUCUUCGUCUUUAUUCUUCACAAGUCUGCUGCCCUCCCCUUCCCUAUCUGCUCCAGGGACGGCUCUUAA